AACCAGAAAAGCCCCGUUCUCUCAACUGGAGACUUUGUCGCUCAGGUUCUGGAUCUCUGGGCUCCUCUCAAGUCCUGUCACCAGCCUGCUGCGAUGCUCCCAGGCCCUCAGCACCCAACCCCAGCCCCUGCCCUGGCCCUGGCUUUGACCUUGGCUGUGUUAGCAGAACCAACAUCCGCAGCCUCCUUCUUCGGUGAGAACCACCUGGAGGUGCUUGUGGACACAGUUCUGACCAACAUCGAACUACAGCUGCAGUUCUCCACAUCCCAGCCUGAAGCCCUACUUCUCCUGGGAGCAGGCCCAGCUGACCACCUCCUCCUGCAGCUCUACUCUGGACGCCUGCAGGUCAGACUUGUCCUAGACCAGGAGGAGCUAAGGCUGCAGACCCCGUCAGAGAUGAUGCUGAGUGACUCCAUCCUCCACACAGUGUGGCUGAAGGUGUCAGACGGCUGGGCCUGGCUGUCAGUAGAUGGGCUCCUCAAUACCUCAGCCCCAGUCCCAAGGCGCCCUCUGGAGGUCCCCUAUGGGCUCUUUGUGGGGGGCACUGGAAGCCUGGGCCUGCCCUACCUAAAGGGAGCCAGCCGACCCCUGAGGGGUUGCCUCCAUGCAGCUACCCUCAAUGGCCGCAGUCUUCUACAGCCACUGACCCCAGAUGUGCAUGAGGGCUGUGCUGAAGAGUUUUCUGCUGGUGAUGAUGUGGCUCUGGGCUUCUCUGGGCCCCGCUCACUGUCUGCCUUCCCUGCCUGGAGCACUCAGGAUGAAGGCACCCUGGAGUUUACACUCACCACGAGGAGCCAGCAGGCACCCUUGGCCUUCCAGGCAGGGGGUCAGCGUGGGGACUUCAUCUACUUGGACGUGUUUGAGGGCCACCUGCGGGCUGUGGUGGAGAAAGGUCAGGGCACUGUGUUGCUCCACAACAGUGUGCCUGUGGCUGAUGGGCAGCCCCAUGAGGUCAGUGUCCACAUAGAUGCUCAUCAACUGGAAAUCUCUGUGGACCAGUAUCCAACACGUACUUUCAACCGCGGAGUCCUCAGCUACCUGGAGCCACGUGGCAGUCUCCUCCUCGGGGGGCUAGAUGCAGAGGCCUCUCGCCAUCUCCAGGAACACCGCCUAGGCCUGACACCAGAGGCUGUCAGUGUCUCCCUACUGGGCUGUAUGGAAGACCUCAGCAUCAAUGGCCAGAGGCAAGGACUCCGGGAAGCCUUGCUGACUCGUAACAUGGUGGCCGGCUGUAGUCCUGAGGAAGACGAAUAUGAGGAGGACACUUAUGGCCCCUAUGAAUUUUUCUCCACUCUGGCACCUGAGGUUUGGCCAGCCAUGGAGCUGCCUGAGCCCUGUGUGCCUGAACCUGGGCUGCCUCCUGUCUUUGCCAACUUCACCCAACUGCUGACCAUAAGCCCCCUGGUGGUGGCUGAGGGUGGCACAGCCUGGCUUGAGUGGCGGCACACGCAACCCACCCUGGACCUGAAGGAGGCUGAGCUGCGCAAAUCCCAGGUGCUGUUCAGUGUGAGCCGCGGGCCACGCCAUGGCAAGCUAGAGCUGGACAUUCCAGGAGCACAGGCUCGGCAAAUGUUCACCCUCCUGGAUGUGGUGAACCGCAAGGUCCGCUUCAUCCACAAUGGCUCUGAGGACCCCUCUGACCAGCUGGUGCUGGAGGUGUCAGUGACGGCUUGGGGGCCCGUGCCCUCCUGCCUUCGGAGGGGUCAAACUUACAUUCUGCCCAUCCAGAUAAACCCUGUCAAUGACCCACCCCGCAUCAUCUUCCCACAUGGCAGCCUUAUGGUGAUCCUAGAACAUACACAGAAGCCACUGGGCCCUGAAGUUUUCCAGGCUUAUGACCCAGACUCUACCUGCGAGGGCCUUACCUUCCAGCUCCUCGGUACCCUGGCUAGCAGCCCUGUGGAACGCCGAGACCAUCCCGGGGAGCCAACAACAGAGUUUUCCUGCCGGGAGCUAGAAGCAGGCAGCCUUGUCUAUGUCCACCGUGGUGGGCCUGCGCAGGACCUGAUAUUCCGGGUCAGCGAUGGGCUGCAGGCCAGCUCCCCGGCCACACUGAAGGUGGUGGCUGUCCGGCCAGCCAUCCAGAUCCGCCACAAUACAGGGCUGCACCUGGCCCAGGGCUCUACUGCACUGGUCUUGCCCGCCAACCUAUCCGUGGAGACAAAUGCUGUGGGGCAGGAUGUGACUGUGCUAUUCCGAGUCACCAGGGCCCUGCAGUUUGGGGAGCUGCAGAAGCAGGGGGCAGGAGGGGCAGAGGGCACAGAAUGGCGGGCCACGCAGGCCUUCCACCAGAGGGACGUGGAGCAGGGCCGAGUGAGGUACCUAAGCACUGACCCAGAGCACCACACUGAGGAUACAGUGGAGAACCUGGCCCUGGAAGUGCAGGUGGGCCAGGAGACCCUGAGCAACCUGUCCUUCCCAGUGACAGUCCAGAGAGCCACUGUGUGGAUGCUGCGGUUGGAGCCACUGCACACUCAGAACACCCGGCAGGAGGGCCUCACCACAGCCCACCUGGAGGCCACCCUGGAGGAGGCAGGCCCAAGCCCCACCACUUUCCACUAUAAUGUGGUUCAAGCCCCCAGGAAGGGAAAUCUGCGGCUGCAGGGCACACGGCUGUCAGAAGGUCAGAGCUUCACCCAGGAUGACUUGAAAGCUGGUCGGGUGACCUACGGGGCCACAGCACGUGCCUCAGAGGUAGUUGAGGAUGUUUUUCAUUUCCGUGUGACGGCUCUGCCACACUUCUCACCGCUCUACACCUUCCCCAUCUAUAUUAGUGGUGACCCAGAUGCUCCCAUACUCACCAAUGUUCUCCUCUCAGUGCCUGAAGGUGGUGAGGCUGUCCUCUCCGCUGACCACCUCUUUGUCAAGAGUCUCAACAGUGUCAGCUACCUCUACGAGGUCAUGGAGCGGCCCCGUCAUGGGAGGUUGGCAUGGCGGGGAACACAAGACAAGACCACCACGGUGACAUCCUUUACCAAUGAGGACCUGCUACGUGGCCGGCUGGUGUACCAGCAUGAUGACUCCGAGACCACGGAAGAUGACAUCCCAUUUGUGGCUACCCGCCAGGGUGAGGGCAGUGGUGGCAUGGCCUGGGAGGAGGUACGUGGUGUCUUCCGAGUGGCCAUCCAGCCAGUGAAUGACCAUGCCCCCGUGCAGACCAUCAGCCGCAUUUUCCAUGUAGCACGGGGUGGGCGGCGACUACUCACUACAGAUGAUGUGGCUUUCAGUGAUGCUGACUCUGGCUUUACUGAUGCCCAGCUGGUGUUGACCCGCAAGGACCUCCUCUUUGGCAGUAUUGUGGCUGUGGAUGAGCCCAUGCGGCCCAUUUACCGCUUCACCCAGGAGGACCUCAGGAAGAGGCAAGUACUAUUUGUACACUCAGGGGCUGACCGUGGCUGGAUCCAGCUUCAGGUGUCUGAUGGGCAGCACCAGGCCACCGCACUGCUUGAAGUGCAAGCCUCAGAUCCCUACCUCCGUGUGAUCAAUGGCUCUCGCUUUGUGGUCCCUCAAGGAGGCCAGGGCACCAUCAACACAGCUGUACUCCACCUGGACACCAACCUAGACAUCCGCAGUGGGGAUGAAGUCCACUAUCAUGUCACAGCUGGCCCAUACUGGGGGCAGCUGCUCCGGGCAGGCCAGCCAGCCAAAGCCUUCUUUCAUCAGGACCUGUUGGACGGGACCAUUCUCUACAGCCACAAUGGCAGCCUCAGCCCCCAUGACACCCUGGCCUUCUCUGUGGAUGCAGGGCCUGUGCACACAGAUGCCACCCUACAUGUGACCAUUGCCCUAGAAGGGAGACUGGCUCCAUUGCACCUGGUUCAGCACAAGAAGGUCUACGUCUUCCAGGGGGAGGCAGCUGAGAUCAGAAGGGACCAGCUGGAGGCAGCCCAGGAGGCAGUGCCACCUGCAGACAUUGUGUUCUCAGUGAAGACACCCCCGAGUGCCGGCUACCUGGUAAUGCUGUCUCAUGCCACCACUGCGGCCGAGCUGCCUAGCCUGGACCCUGUGCAAAGCUUCUCUCAGGAGGCAGUGGACGCGGGCAGGGUCCUGUACUUGCAUUCUCACCCUGAGGUCUGGAGUGAUGCCUUCUCCCUGGACGUGGCCUCAGGCCUGGGUGCUCCCCUCGAAGGUGUCCACAUGGAGCUCGAGGUGCUGCCUGCCGCAAUCCCACUGGAGGCACAGAACUUCAGUGUCCCCGAAGGCGGCACCUGCACCCUGGCCCCUCCACUGGUCCGCAUCACCAGGCCCUACUUCCGCAUGCUGCCAGACCUUCACCUGCAGGUGCUAGAAUCACCCCAGCGUGGGGCACUGCAGAGAGAGGGAGACCCUCAAAAUGAGACCCUCAGCACCUUCUCCUGGAGAGAGGUGGAAGAGAUGCUGAUCCACUAUGUUCAUGAUGGGAGCGAGACACAGAUGGACAGUUUCAUCCUAGUGGCCAAUGCCUCAGAGAUAAACCGCCAGAGCCAUCCAGUGGCCUUCACCAUCACCAUCCUUCCUGCCAACAACCAACCCCCCAUCCUCACCACAAACACAGGCCUGCAGAUGUGGGAGGGGGCUACUGUGCCCAUCCCUACGACAGCCCUUAGGGGCAUAGACGGUGACUCAGAGCCUGAGGACCUGGUCUACAGCAUUGAGCAGCCCAGCAAUGGACGGGUAGUGCUGAAGGCGGCACAGGGUACCGAGGUGCACAACUUCACACAAGCCCACCUGGACAGCGAGCUUGUGCUGUUCUCACACCAAGGGGCCCUGGAUGGAGGCUUCCGCUUCAGCCUCUCUGAUGGCAGACACACUUCCCCUGGACACUUCUUCCAUGUGACAGCCCAGAAGCAGUUGCUGCUUUCACUGGAGGGCAGCCGGAUGCUAACUGUCUGCCCAGGGUCUGUCCAGCCGCUCAGCGGCCAGAGCCUGAGAGCCAGCUCCAGCACAGGCACUGACCCCCACCACCUAGUCUACUGGGUGGUGCAGGGCCCUCAGCUUGGCCGGCUGUUCCACGCCCAGCAGGGCAGCACUGAGGAGACCCUGGUGAACUUCACUCAGGCUGAGGUGUAUGCUGGGAAUGUUCUCUAUGAGCACAAGAUGCCUGCUGAGCCCUUCUGGGAGGCCCAUGACAACGUGAAACUCCGGCUGGUCUCACCCCCUGCCCCCGAUAUGGCCACCACCCUUGCUGUGGCUGUGUCUUUUGAGGCUGCCUGUCCCCACCACCCUAGCCGCCUCUGGAGGAACAAAGGUCUCUGGGUCCUUGAAGGCCAGCGGGCCAAGAUCACCAGAGCUGCCCUUGACGCCUCCAACCUCCUGGCCAGUGUUGUGUUGCCGCAGCGCCCAGAGCACGAUGUCCUGUUCCAGGUCACACAGUUUCCCACCCGGGGCCAGCUGCUGCUGUCUGAGGAGCCCCUCCAUGCUGGGCAGUCCCACUUCCUGCAGUCCCAGCUGGAGGCAGGGCAUCUGGUAUACGCCCACAGUGGCGGAGGCAUCCAGCCGGAUAGCUUCCGCUUCCGUGCGCACCUCCAGGGGCCAGCAGGGGCCACCUUGGUGGGACCUGAAACCUCAGAGACCUUCACCAUCUCGGUGCGAGAUGUGAAUGAGCAGCCACCUCGACCACAGGCCUCUGUCCCACUCCAGCUCACCCGUGGCUCCCGCGCCUCUAUCUCCCGGGCCCAGCUGAAUGUGUUGGACCCAGACUCAACUCCUGAGGAGAUCGAGUUCAAGGUGCAAUGGGCACCCCACAAUGGCUUCCUGAGCCUGGCAGGGGCCAAUGCAGGGCCUGUCAGCCACUUUACACAGGCUGAUGUGGACGCAGGGCAGCUGGCCUUUGUGGCCAAUGGGAGCAGUGUGGCAGGCAUCUUCCAGCUGAGUGUAUCUGAUGGAACCAGUCCACCCCUGCCAAUGUCCCUGGUUGUGGAUGUCUUGCCAUCCACCAUUGAGGUACAGCUGCAGGCACCCCUAGAGGUGCCCCAAGCCCUAGGGCGAUCCUCACUGAGCCGGCAGCAGCUCCAGGUGGUUUCAGACCAGGAGGAGCCAGAUGCCACAUACCGCCUCACCCAGGGGCCCCAGUACGGGCAUCUCCUGGUGGGUGGGCAGCCAGCCACAGCCUUCAGCCAGCUCCAAGUAGACCAGGGUGAGGUGGUCUUUGCUUUUACCAACUUCUCCUCCUCCUAUGACCACUUCAAUGUCCUGGCACUAGCCAGGGGUGCCAACACAUCAGCUACAGUGAAUGUCACUGUGAGGGCUCUGCUGCGUGUGUGGGCAGGUGGGCCAUGGCCCCAGGGUGCCACCCUGCGCCUGGACUCCACCAUCCUAGAUGCGGGUGAGUUGGCCAACCACACAGGUAGUGUGCCCCGUUUCCGGCUCCUGGUGGGACCCCGAUAUGGCCGCGUGGUCCAUAUUCCCUGGGCUACAACAGAGCCCAAGGACAGCCAGCCUGUGGAGCAGUUCACACAGAAGGACCUUGAGGGUGGAAGGCUGGGGCUGGAGAUAGGAAGGCCAGAGGGUAGGUCCCUGGGCCCCACAAGCGACAGUCUCAUUCUGGAGCUGUUGGCAAGAGGUGUCCCACCUGCUGUGGUCUCACUGGACUUUGCCACUGAGCCUUACAACACAUCCAAACCCUACAGUGUGGCCUUGUUCGGUCUCCCUGAGGCUGCUCAGACAGAAGCAGAGAAGCCAGAGGGAAGCCCUCCAACUGGUAAACCAGGCCUGGCAGCCUCCAGCCCUGUGCCCACCGUGGCCAGAAGGGGCUCCCUGGGCUUCCUGGGCUUCCUCGAGGCCAACAUGUUCAGCGUCAUCAUUCCCGUGUGCCUGGUCCUUCUGCUCUUGGCACUCAUCUUGCCCCUGCUCUUCUACCUCCGCAAACGCAACAAGACAGGCAAGCACCAUGUCCAGGUGCUGGGAGCCAAGCCCCGCAACGGCCUGGCCACUGACACGGAGACCUUCCGCAAAGUCGACCCCAGCCAAGCCAUCCCACUCACAACCUUGACUGGCCAGGGGCCCUCACCGGGAGUCCAUCCUGACCCAGAGCUGCUACAAUUCUGCCGGACAGCCAACCCUGCCCUCAAAAAUGGCCAGUACUGGGUGUAAGGCCUGGUCUGAGCCCAGACUCUGACAGGCCAGGAACAGGCUUGCUCAGGCCCCAUUCCCAUUGCUCCCAUGUCCUGGUGCUAUCUGAGUGUCCCCAGAGCCACAUAAACCUGAGGACGCCAGGGGUGGAAGGUCCUGGGAGAAAGUUGCAGGGGUCUGGGACAGAGUGGAGUCAAGAACUGGCAUCUCCCCAGCUUACUCCAUGUGGAGAACUACAAGGGGCCAAAGGCAGAGGCAGGCUCAGGCAGUCAGUACCUUGCCCUGGAGCUUGUUUGGGCUCUCAAAACCAGCGUGACCUCCUACGUGGGUGAGGACUCUGGAUCCUGGGUCUGUGACCUUGGCUGAGUCAUUCCUGACCCUCUUAAGGACAAGGAGGAGAAAGGAAAGGGAGGGGCAGGCAGGGGUUCCUGGGUAUUCCCUCCAAGUCAGGCCUCCCCUUGUCUCUCUGCCCCAGGGUUGAGAGAAAACUUUUCCCUCUGGUCUUUUAGGGAGAUGGUAUUCCUCAGAGCAGAGGGCAUAAAGAAAGAGGCCCUCCACUCCCUGGAAAGCAUAAGCCAGUAGAAUAUGUUCAGAAUGUAAGGUGGGUGGGUUGCUUUAGGGAUAGGUUUAUUUAAGCGGGAUUA